AUAUUUUAGAUUGAAUUUUGGCCCAAACGGGCGACGAAGAUCGAGAGAACCCACCUUGGUCCCCAGAAACCCCGUCGAAGGUGUCGCCGCCGAUGGGAGUGCCGCUGUCGCAGCUCCUCCUCCUCAUCCACGUGAUCUUUUCUUCGUUGCUGCUCUCGUCUUCGUCGGAGUCUGUCGCCGGUACCGGAGGCGACGCGAGCAGCAGCAGGAGCUCCGGUGCGAGAUUGGAAUGGCAGAUCCUUACCAAGAGAAAUUUCUCCUCGCAGAUCCGUCUCCAUCCCCAGAUCCUCCUUAUGGUUACCGUCCCUUGGUCUGGGGAAUCACGAUCUCUAAUGAAGGAAGUGGCACAUUUGGUGGCUAAUAAUCAGGACAAACUUGACUUUCUAAAAUUAAUGGUCAUAUAUAGGAGUUCUGAGAAGAUGCUAGCUGAUAUCCUUGGUGCUACUGAGGAAAUAACAUUAUUCUACUAUCAUAAUUCCAUGUCAUAUAAAUAUCAUGGAAGACUGCGUGCAGAAAAUAUACUUUCUUCAGUCAAUCAUUUUCAAUCACUUGAACCUGAGGAACUUCCUUUGAAGCUGCUGCAAACUCCAGAAGACGUGGAGAACUUUUUCCUAUCAACAGAUAAAGCUGUUCUACUCCUUGAGUUCUGUGGAUGGUCAGCUAAAUUGUUGCGCAGAAAGAAUAAUGGAAAUUAUGAGACUCCUAUGUCUGCAUUUAAUCAUUCAGAGAAUGUUGGCAUAAUUGGACAAAGCAUCAACAGAGAAAUGGUGGAUGACUUUCAUGUUGAACACCACAAGGGAAUGGAAAAUAGACUUACAUGUGCAGUUGAAGAUGGACUAGGAAGAUCAGUUUGGCUUAAGGAAUAUACUUUAGCAAAUCAAAGUACUCUAGAGCAAUUAGAUGAUGGAGGUGCUGGUACUAGAAUGCUGUGUACAGAUGAAGAGUUUAAGCAAUUUGAGACUUUUUUUAUGAAGUUCACUGCUAUUGCAAGAGAGUUUUUUCUACCUCCUGAGAGACAAAGGUUUGGUUUGAUAUCUGAAGGAGCUUUGUUAUCUUUCCUUGGUAUUAGCAGUCCAGAUAAAUGGUUAGUUAUGCUUCAUUUCUCUGGAUGUUCUAAUUGUACAAUGAUAGUCCAACAAGGAGAUGAUCUGAGGAACAUUUUGCAAACACAUCACUCUCUGAUCAUGGAGUUUGAUGUUGAUGGACGCAAUCUUGAACCUGCAUUUCCAGCAAAUAGACCUUCAAUCAUUCUAUUUAUUGAUAGAUCCUCAAAUUCUUCGAAAGUUAGGGAAGGGAGCAAGUUAUCUCUUGAGGUUCUUAGAAAAUUCUCAUUGCAGAAUCAGCUUUGCUAUCAAACAGUUAGAGGACGAGACAGCAGAGUCAUGAGUAGUUCCAGAAGUUUAUCAGGGUCCUCUAGUCAUCAAUCAGGAAAAGUUUCUCAGACCCCCAAGGUUGUGAAAAUUAAGGAUAAUAUGGCUUUCAUGAUAGUUAAUGAAGGUGAACAUAUUUCAUUGAAAAACACUGCACUUGAAAGUCAAGGCAACCCUGUCUAUGAUAUCCUGACACGAUUACUUCAGCGAGAAAGUCCGGCACUGAAGAAUAAAGAAACCAAAAUAAGUGAAGUAGCAAAGAAAGCUGGCUUUGAGCUCUUGUCUGAUGAUUUUGAAGUUCAGAUAAUAGAGUCGUUCCAAUCACAUAAUGACGAUAAUCAGUUCAGAGAAAUGGGUAGGGGUACCACUACCAUGUUAAAUGAUCCCAAUGAACUUACUGAAAGCCAGGAUGAUGUGAGUAGUGGUGGGUUAUUAUAUACUACUGAAAAUAUUAUGACCGAUGAAAGAAAGCAAUCUGAGCAUCCAGAUGAUGUUGCCAAUUUUCUUGAAACUCGUGAAGCAGCUCCUUAUGAUAAUGACAAUGCAUUCUCAUGUCACGUUGAAAGAUCUUGUUGUGUGGAACAAGAGUUACCUACUCCAGAGGAACACGUUCAGGAAGAGCAAGCUGAUAAAAUUGAUUCUACAUCAAGCAUCAGACAAGUUAAGUCAGAUUUUGGACACAGUUCAUCAGUUCUUUCAGCAGGGGAUGAUAUGGGAAGCAUUAGGAUAUCCAAUAGAUUAAGAAAGGCAGAUGAACCAUGUUAUCAGCACCAACCUUUCUUAGGCUCUUUUUUCUUCAUCGAUGGUGGCUACCGGUUGCUGAGAACAUUGACUGCAGAAUCUAGGAUCCCAUCUCUAGUAAUUCUUGACCCGGUUAUGCAACAGCACUUCGUAUUUUCCGAGGCAACGGAUAUUAAUUACCCUUCUGUAGUUAGUUUUGUAGACAGAUUUUUAAAUGGAAGUCUUACACCAUAUCAACAUUCAGUAUCAUCUCUUAAAACUUCUAGAGAUAUGCCAAAGCCACCACUUGUGAAUUUGGAUUUCCAUGAAAUUGAUUCUAUACCUCAAGUUACAAGUAGCACAUUUUGUGAACUGGUUAUAGGUUUUAUACCUUGUGAAAUGAAUGAUAAAGUGCCAUUUUCUAACUCUCGAGAACUUAAAUCUGCUUGGAAGAUCGAUGUUUUGGUGCUUUUUAGCACUCCUUGGUGUGGAUUCUGCCAGCGUAUGGAGCUGAUUGUGCGUGAAGUACAUCGAGCUUUUAAGAACUCUAUAAAUUUCUCAAUAAGUCAAUCCAAGAAUGAUGAUCCUACACAAAUCAAAGGUCAGCCAACUCUGGUUGCUCAUUUUGGAUUUCAUCUUUUGGAUUUCAUUCUUAUUUUCAAAGAUAAGAAAGAAGAUCUGAUGCUGAAUAAGUUUCCAGCAAUAUUUUUAAUGGAUUGUACCCUUAAUGAUUGUGGUUUAUUCUUAAAGCCACUUGGCAAGAAGGAAAAUUAUCCAAUACUGUUGUUAUUUCGUGCUGAGAACAAAAGUGCAAUUACCUAUGAAGGCAAUAUGUCAGUUGUUAGUAUCAUGGAAUUUCUAGAAUCUUAUGGAGGCAAUUCUCAUAAUCAUAAUUAUAAAGGUGGCCUGUGACCGUCUUACUUCUUCUCCACUCAUCACGGGAAGAAAGAGAAGCUCCGCAGGGGCCAGUUUCCUUGUAGUAUUAGCAUAUUCACUUUUUUGGCAUACCACUAUCUCUUUAUGAUCUGGUUGAUUAGGGUUUGCAAGCCUUGCUGCCAUGUGAGGGUUGUUUCUUUGCAACUUAGGUGAUCAGGGUUCAGAUGACGGGACAGCCUCUUGUAGGAGUAAAGAUGCAUACGUUGACCCUCCCCAUACCUUUCAUGUCAUUUAUCAUUUCUUAUGGGAUUUGGUGUAUGUUAUCUUGGAAUACGUUAGCUAAGAAAAGAAAAAUAUAACUUUCUCUUGUUUGGUUGAAUAAAAAGCUGCACAAAUAUUAUAAAGGAAAUUGCAAUGUUUGUUUUUUAGUAUGAUAAAAUUGUCUAGAACAUUGUCUCCUAAAGUCCAUGAAUUACUUCUUGAAUUCUCUUCCUGAAUGUUGUUCAUUGCCAGAUAAUGGGAAAAUUAGAUUUCAUCUAUUAGCUUCCUUUUCUCUUACUUAUUAAGCAACCAAACAGAGGCUUAAUGGUCAUUUGUUACAUGAUCAUGGAAAUGUGACGUUGGUGUCUGAAAAAGCUUCUCGGAGGGAAUAGUGGAGUAAUAUUUGUGAAGGUUUGUGAAUCAGGUCUUGCACCCUAGAACUUUUGGCUUUGAUGAUGGUAUUACUAAUGCCAUGAAUUCUUCAAUUGUUGUUUGAUUGGAAAACAGAAAGGUCAUGGAAUUAUAGACAUGCUACAGUAUUAAGGUCUAUGGAUCUGAUGACUACACAUCAGAAAUUAUUGUAGCACAACUGCCUUUUCAUAUGUACCUGGCAUCUUCAAUGUCAGUCUAAAAUGAGAAUGAUCUGGGAUCCUAUGACUUAGCUAUUACACCAGCCCUGUUUGACUUCUACAGCUCCUCCAUAGAUGUGGUAUCUUUGGUUCCUUAAUAGAUAUUGCAGUUAGUUUCCUUUCUGGCCACUAUCUACAUUAGUAGUCUGAUAGGGAUCUUUUUUGUCAACUGCCCUUUAAGUUAACAGUAAGCUCAACUGCCUGCAUGUCUUUAAGUUGAGAUUAGCUACCACGAGUUUUUGAGUCCUAAAUGGAACAGAAAUUUUGUCCAGCAGAUCAUAUAUUCAAUGUAGUAUUUGGCACUGCUUUUGUAUCGAUAUCCAGUAAUUGAAGAAUCAUUCUACUCUUUUGAGACACUGUUUUCGUCUCUCAUUUUCUCCAUCUUGUAGUCCAAUCUUUUUCUAUAUAU